AUGGAGCUGCUGAUGACUCAAGCUGACUUGGUAUGCAUCGCAUUGGACCUGCCACCCAGCAUCCGCAAGUCUAUCAGACAGCACUGCAUGUUCCAGUGGUCCAAAGCCCGGGAUGUGGGCAACCGCGAAGUGGUGCUCAAAACCUUUGCCCCGGACAUGCAGAAGAAGGUCAAGGAACAGGUGUACUUGCCCAUCAUCCAGGCCAACGAGAAGCUGCUGAGCGGGGCAUCUUCGGAUUUCAUGCUCCAGAUCAUCGACCACCUAGAGGUCAUGGUGCUGCAGCCCUCGGAGAUUCUCUUCUGCGAGAAUGACGCGCCACAGGACAGGGCGACGGGGCGACUCAGAGCGCCCGUGAAGGAGCUCUGCUUUUUGGAGACGGGGACCUUGAUGCUUACCUGCCAGGAGCAGCUGGUGCGCUAUGCGCGGAGCGACUUUCGGCGAUCGAAGCGGGCAGGGCUCGCCGGGUCGCCCUGUCACGAUCGAGCAAACGAGCCGACGGCGGUGGGCGAGGUGUCGUUCUUGCUGAAGAUGCCACACCUCUAUUCCGUGCGCUCCCGCGCGGGGGUGGAGAGCUCGGUGCUGCGGAUGAGCCGCCACGGCUUCGAGAAGGUCAUGGCCAACCUGGACGAGGACCACGAUCAGCUCCUGCAAAAUGCCGCCCACAGCAUGCAGCUCACGCUGAACGGGCUAGAUAUGAAGCGGGAAAAUGCGCACGACGGCCAGGAAGACACCGAGCUUUUCCAGAUGAUGCGGGAAUCAGUGCGUCAAACGCUCCUGAAUCGCACCGCGCACAUGUCCACCACCUUCAUCAAUGCCGCGGCCGAAGGAAACGUGGAGCAGGUGGAGCUCCUGCUGCGGAAGCGCGUCUUCGUGGACACCGCGAACUCGGACGUGCGCAGCGCCAUGCACCUUGCGGCCGCGGAGGGCAGGGACCACGUCAUAAAGAUCCUGAUCAAGGCAGAAGGCAACGUGAACGUUCAGGAUCGUUGGAAUGGCACACCCCUGAGAGAUGCCGUGUUGGGCAAGUUCAGCGCAGUCAUCGAACUGCUGAUGGACCAAAACGCCGACCUGAAUUUGGAGGAUCCGGCCACGGCGCUUUGCGACGCAGCCUCCAGUGGAAACUUGAUGGCCUUGCAAGAGCUCAUCGAGGUGAAGAUCGACCCCAACAGCGCCUCGCCCUUGCAGUCGGGUGGGGACUAUGACCUGCGCACCGCCUUGCACCUCGCCGCCUCUGAGGGAAAGCUCGAGGUGAUCUCCUUCCUGCUGGACUCGCGCGCGGAUCCCAACUUCAAGGACCGCUGGGGCGGCACCGCCCUGGAGGACGCCAUCCAGAACAACCACGCGGCCCGGGGCCCCGAAGCGCGGCCUCGGGCGAAGCCUCGGGGCGCCGGGGGGCCGAAGGGCGGGGCCAACGAGGCCGUCCCCGGGGUCCAAACCGCACACCCCCCCCCCCAAAAGAAAAAAACGGAAGGCCCGCCCGGCCGGUGCUGGAGGAAAAGUUUUUUUUUAAUUAUUUUUUUUAUUUUUUGGUUGAAGGUGGUGGUGGACACGCGCGCUUUUCUGGCGUUUGCUCAGGGGUUGGUAUCCUUCUCAGCGUUUUGGUGCUUCUUUUGCAUGCUUGAUAUUCCUGGAUCCCUCAUAUUUGUCACAUUACAUUCCCCUUUUAAGAAUGGGCAGUCUACUGACUUCGGCUGUCAAGAUUACAUUUGGAUCCCAGUGGUUUGCCCUUUUCUUCCUGGGCCCAGUGAAAGACCAAAGUGUCCUGGUCGCAACUGUUUGUUUUUUACGCUUGAGUCAAAGUAG